CAGCACGAGAACAGACACAGAACAGCACACACCCCUGGCCGGGCAUAUUCAUGCAGCUGGCUAACGUAUGUAUCUCAUGAUGCAGCCUGCUGCUGAAUGAGUAUAUCCACCGCUCGAUUCACAUGACCUGAGCCAACACAAACGAACGAACAGAGGAAAGGUGAAUGAAACCUUUGCCCAGCAAACCUUUCAUACACAUAUGGCACCUUCGCUUUGUUUCAACGCUGCCACUGACGCCUCCACAUCGUGGAAACCCAUGGCCCUUAGCGCAGUCAGCUGUCCCGCAUACUUGACCUCUGGGGCCAUGUGCUGCUGCACCACAAACGGCUCGAAAGCCUCCUGGAAGUUGAUGUUGUCACACGGCAUGCCAUACGCGCCCGGCCUGGGUAUCUUCGGGACGCUCGGCCGCCUCCCCUUAGACGAAACUUUGUCUUGAUCCCCCAGCAGACUGCAGACAGAAUACACGAGUCAUUUGUGUGGCGCCCGUCCCUUCUCUCUCUCUCUCUCUCUCUCUCACCGUUUGGAGCUCUUCUGCAGUAGGAUGAGUGCCUGCAGUGUGGUGGGGUGGUACAUGUGCUGCAGCACACGAGGGUCAGACUGGACUGGCGGGGCAGCACCAGCCUCGGCCGCGUCAGGCCCCUGAGACACACGCAAAGAGACGUCAUGUCGGACAUGGGGAUUUCACAUUCGUCACACACCUGUGUCUGUCGAAAUCUGUCCAUUGCCAUGGAUGCGAUUGUCUUCUGCGCCGACAGAGACGACAUAUGCAUGCAUGAGUGUCUUCCUUCCUCUCUCCGUCCCUCCCUUGGCUGGCCUGUCAUUGUAUAUGUCUCGUCUCACCUGCACAUGAGGGUCUUGCAUCAUCAUGGCCACGGCGCUGGGGUCGUACUGCAUCGUCCCACGAGGCAUAGCCUCAUCCUCUCCACCCUCCCCCUGGCCCUCCCUCGCCCCUCUCUGCAGCGACUGCAGCUGGGCAAUCGUGUUCAGACCCUGCGUGCAGUGAGCGCAGGGGAGACACCAGCCAGGCAACGUGGGUGAUUGAUCGAUCUCUGUGCUUUUCAUUCAUUCUCCUAUGUCAUGUGCCUGGUUGAGAGUGCCGUAUGGUGCAGGGGUGUUUUUGUUUCUGUCCACCAGCGCCGCGCCCCUCUCUGUCGCACGCAGCAACUCGCGAACAGUGGACGGCUGACGCACCAGAUCACCGACCUGACCCAGAAACUGAAACACAGAGGGGAAUCCUGGGCCGUGGGGGGCUCACAUCAUUGUGUGUCUAUUUCGCGUCUUUAUUGUCCAUUACCUGACCUCAAUGUCAUCGAUGAGCUGGGCCAGCUUCGGCUCAUGCUGCAUCGCCUCACACACUGCAGCAUUCGACCGCAGAGCCUGCACACGGACAGAGAAAGGGAGACAGGCAGGUAGGGAGGCAGUGAACAAACACAAGAGAGACAAGCUGACCUUCUGCAGGAUGUCCGGCGAUGCAAUCAAGCUCUGCAUGUUGUCACUCCGCAGCAUCGACUCCAGAAUGUCGGGAUUCAUGAGCACAUGCUUCUGCAACCCCCCAAGCGAGCCAACCGGGCGCCCAUCGAACACAAACUGCUCCCCACUCAGCCUGCCCAGCCCCACCGCCCUCGGCUUGGCAUCGGGCGCAUGCUUGAGGAGGAAGAUGGUGGCGUUGUGAUGAAUGCCAUAGCUGUCGAAAUUCCUCUCGGGGUUCAGGGCCUGGCCCUUGCUGCAUGCACAGACGCCAAGAGAUCCUUGCGCGGGAUCUCUUCUUGCUGUUUGUGUCAUUUCUUCUUACAAAAGGAGGCGUUGUUCCUUCUUUGCAAUCUGCGCUCUUGGCUCCAGCUGCAUUGCAAAUCACACAUAUAGAUGGAUGGAUGCAUUGCAGACAGACAGGAAUGGGUGCGUGUGAGGCUUGUCACCUGUUGGCAUAGUGUGUCGAUUGGCUUUAAGCUGUCAACAUCGAACAGAAAGGUAACGCCGUCCUCCUUUUCCACCUGAACGCUCAGAAGCGGCAUUUUCCCACGUAUUUUCCAAA